AUGGGCAUGGAAGCUGACUCGUCCUCUUUCCCAAGUUCUUCUUCUUCUUCUUCUACUGCUCAAAGGAAGUAUGACGUCUUCCUCAGUUUCAGAGGCGAGGACACCCGCAACAAUUUUAUGGAUCAUCUGUUUAAUGCUUUGAAAGGCAAAGGCAUUCACACUUUUAGAGACGACGAAGAACUUAAGAAAGGGAAAGCCAUUGGACCAGAGUUGUUGGAAGCCAUAAAAGAAUCCAAAUUUGCUGUAAUCAUUCUCUCAAAAGACUACGCAUCUUCAACUUGGUGCUUGGAUGAACUUGCACACAUCAUUUUUUGCAAGGAAGAGAAGGGAAUGACAGUUUUGCCUGUUUUUCAUUAUGUCGAUCCAUCUGAUGUACGAAAACAAAGGAAAACUUUUGAACAGCCUUUUGUUGAAUAUGAAAAAAAGGAGAACAAAGAGAGGGUCGAGAAAUGGAGAGUUGCUCUGAGACAAGUGGGCAACCUCGCUGGAUGGCAUUUAAAGGAUACUAGGCCUGAGUCACAAGAUAUCCAAGAAAUUGUGGGAUGCAUAUCACUUAACUUGAAAUAUGAUGCAUUCCCAUAUAUUACCAAAGACCUAGUAGGAAUAUACUCUCCAGUGGUGGAAUUGGAGUCGUGUUUAGCUGUAGGGUCAAAUGAUGUUCGCUUCAUAGGAAUUUGGGCUAUGGGGGGAAUGGGUAAGACUACUCUUGCUAGAGUUGUUUAUCAUAUGGUUUCUAAAGAAUUUGAAGCUCGUGGUUUUAUUGAGGAUGUUAGGAAAAAUUUUGAAAAUUAUGGUUGUGUUCCACUACAACAGAAAAUUAUUGAUGACAUUUUGAAGGAUAAGGAUUUGAAAAUAGAAGAGGAGUAUGACGGAGUUCUCAAGAUCAAGAGUAGGUUAAGUCGUAAAAAGAUUCUUCUUGUUCUUGAUGAUGUAGAUAAAUCGAAACAAUUAAAAAUGUUAUCUGGGGAGCAUGAUUGGUUUGGUCCCGGCACUAGAAUUAUCAUAACAGCAAGAGAUAAGCAUGUGUUGGAGGCACAUGGAGUGGAUACAAUAUAUGAAGUUAAAGGAUUGAAUGAUGAAAAUGCUCUUCAGCUUUUUUGCUCGAAAGCUUUUAGAAAAAAGCAUGUACUUGAUGAUUAUAUAGAGCUCUCUAAUCAUUUUUUGAAGUAUGCUGGUGGCCUUCCCUUAGCUCUUGAGGUUUUGGGUUCUUUUUUGUUUGGAAAAAGUAGUGUCGAAUGGAAAAUUGUGUUAGAGAGACUCAAAGAAUUUCCUGAGGAAGUAAUUCUCCAAAAGAAAGAUCAUGUAGUAGAAAAACUAGAUAUUCUUGGCCUUUACCCUGUUCUUGGAUUGGAGGAACUCAUUGAUAAAUCUCUCUUAAAAAUUAUGUAUGACGAUAUGGUGUGGAUGCAUGACUUACUUGAAGAAAUGGGUAGGAACCUAGUUUUUCAAGAGUGCCUUGAUGAUCCUGGGAAGCGGAGUAGACUAUGGGUUUAUAACGACAUUGACAAAGUGUUAGAAAAAAAUAAGGGAACAUAA